CUUGCAGGAGGGGCGGGCAAAGGUGUCGGUGAAGACCCCGACAAGUCCCCCGAGCGAGGGGAGAGAGGCGGUCCACAGAGCGUGUCAGGGGCAGGCUUCUGCAAAUGGUUCAACGUUCGGAUGGGCUUCGGGUUUAUCUCCAUGACUAGCAGCGAGGGGAGCCACGUCGAGCCUCCUUUGGACGUCUUCGUCCACCAAAGUAAGCUGGUGAUGGACGGGUUCCGCAGCCUGAAGGAGGGCGAGCAGGUGGAGUUCACCUACAAGAAGUCCUCCAAGGGCCUGGAGUCCCUGCGGGUGACGGGGCCCGGCGGGGGGCCCUGCGCCGGCAGCGAGAGGAGACCCAAGGGCAAGGUCCUACUGCAGAAACGCAAACCAAAGGGAGACCGCUGUUACAACUGUGGCGGCCUGGACCACCACGCCAAGGAGUGCGGGCUGCCCCCCCAGCCAAAGAAGUGCCACUACUGCCAGAGCAUCGCCCACAUGGUGGCCCUGUGUCCCCACAAGGCGGCGGCGCCGGCCCCCGGAUCUCAGGACGAACACGCCUCUACCUCGGCCCCGCCCGGGGGCCAGGAGGAGGAGGAGCUCAGUCCAACAGUCAAACCUCUACCACAUGCCGAGCGCUCCUCGCAGUUCAAAAACACCACGUGA